AUGGCGCCCAUGAAGACCGCCACCAAGAAGAACCCCAAAGCCCGCAAGUCCACCACGGCAGGCCCCUCAAAAUCCAAGUCCAAGGUCACGAAACGGCCACCGCCAAAACAAAUCAAGACCAAGCCCGGCGUGCAUUCGGGCGCCGCUUCCUCGUCGGGCAAACCCUCGAAGCGCAAAGAAAAGACCUACUCGGCCAAAGACCUCGACCUCCCCGCCCUGAACAUGAUAACCCCCGUCACCGCGCCCGAGAAUCCCACGAAUCUGGCCCGUCGCGGCGGGACUGGCAAGAAGAAGAAUAAAAUCUACAUCGACGACGAGAAAUCGAUGAGGACGAUCUUGGCGAUGGUGACGGCCGAGAAGGAAGGGCAGAUUGAGAGUAAACUGGUGAGGGCGCGGCAGUUGGAGGAGGUUCGGGAGGCGAGACGGGCGGAGAUGGAGAGGCGGAAGGAGGGCAAGAAGGAGGAGCUGGAGGGGGUCAAGAAGGAGUUGAAGAAAGGCAAGAAGCGGAGAGAUGGGAAUGCUGGUGAUGCUGAGGUGGCCAAAAGUGAGAAAGAGGGCGUAAAGAAGAACAAGAAGAGGGUUUCGUUUGCUUGA